AUUGUUUAAUUUGAUUUGAAAAAAAAAGCCUAAAGAAAACAUAAAGCAUCGAAAAAAAUGUGUUUCGAAAAUCGAAAUUUUCUUUUCGUUACAUUGGACAUACGCCUCUUUAUUAUUUAAGCACGUGGGAUUUUGUUAUUAGAAAAAUAAAUAAAAUAAAAUAAAACCGGUGUACACACACACAUUCAAACAUCUUGCCUGCUGAUUUCUCUCAAAGUCUCAAAAUAAAAACAUUUUCUAACCUACAAAAGCAUGUCAGACAAAAUGAUUGUUUAAAUAAAAACAAUUAAUAAUUAAGUGAUACAAUGGAUCCACCAGUAAAACAAGAAACAUCAUUACUAGUCAAACAAGAAACAUCAUUAUUAGUAAAACAAGAACCACUAGAACCAGUUGAUACAUCAGAACCUGAGAAUGAGGAUACUGCUCGAGAUAAUUAUUUUAAUCACAAAAAAAUAGUAAAAUGUAAAUAUUGUGAAGGUAGAUGUGAGCCAUAUAAAAAUCCUGGUUUAUUAUGUGAAACAUGCUUGAAUUAUGUACAUAUAGAAUGUCUAGAAGAUAAAGUAAAUAUACCACGUAAACUUGUUGGUGAUGUUUUUUUUACAUAUUGUUGUGCUGAGUGUCAUCCACUUGAACAACAUAGUAUUUGUCGUGGUGAUAAAAUGACAUGGUUGGCUGUUGUUAUAUUAGUUUUAUAUCAUCUUCGAGAACGUUCACUUGGUCUUAGUGAACGUUAUGGAUUUUUUCAUUGGAAAAAUGAUAUUUCUCAUUGUGUUUAUAAAAAUUGGGACUCGUUAUUUCCAAAAAUAAAAAGAAAAAAACAUUGGACUGGAACAAUAUCAGGAACAUUAUCACAAUAUAAAUCACAAUGUGUUAAAUCUGGAGCAGAUAAAUUACAUGAAUCUGGUUAUUGGAAAUUAAUGAGCUCAGAACCACCAGAAGUUAUUGUUUAUAAUAAUAAAAAAAAAUUAAAAGUUGGAAAGAAAAAAAAACACACAAGUUUUGAUCAGGAAUUAUCAUCAAUGAAUUCAUUUAGUCCAUCAAGAUCAGAAUCAAUAUCAUCAAUUGACGAUGAUAAAGAACAUUUAAAUUUUCCAUCUUCACAUUUUAUAAAAGUUAAUAAUCAACAAUUAUCAAGUAGACCAAUAAGUCCAGCUGUAUCUGAAUCCAAUUCAUCAAUUAAUGAUGACAAUAAUAUUGAUACUGAACAAUCAAAAACUCAAACACCAUCAAUGUUUUCACGUGCAUAUGUACAACCAACUGAAAUUUUAUCAAAUUAUUUAUUUGAUGGUGAUGAUCCAGAUGAUUUAUUAGACGCUGAUGAAACAGGUGAUCCAUUAGGUGCUUAUGAAAAUUUUGCUUCAAUUGAUAAUUCAGAAUUUUAUAAUGAAAAAGAAGAUCAGCCAGUAAUUAAUUUUACAAAGUCAUUUGAUGGAUUUCAAUCACUCUGGAUUACUGAUGAACGUUCUAGAGAGGUAGAAAAUUUUAAUGACGAUGAUGAGGAUGAUUAUCAAGAUGAAGAAUCAAGUGAACAUGAAGAAAAUAAUAGAGAACCACAAUUAUCACUUUUUAAUCAAACACCUCGUAGAGCUUUACCUUGGAAAAAAAAUUCUAAAUUAGGUAAAAUACGAUUAAAAAUGAGUAAAUAUGAAGAAAAUUAUUUACUUGCAACAAUAAAUAAAAAACAAUUGGAUUCAGCAUCUGCAUCAAUUCGUCGUUUAUAUAGAAAAUUAUCAGUUCGUAAAAUAAAACGUGAUUCGAAUUUGCCUGUUUUUGAUUUUGAUAAUUUUACUGUUGAUAAAAAUCAAAAUAUUAAAAGUGAUAAAAAACGUAUUAUUGAUAGAUUUUAUAAUGACAAUUUAGAAAUGAUAUUUGAGCAAAGAUUACAAGGUUUUAUGGAGCUACAACAUGUAGAAAGUCCUUAUACUGGUAGAACAUUGCCACCAUUUAUAAGACGUGAUAAAAAUUGUCGACCACUUUGGCUUCGUGUCAUGGAAGAAUUGAAAGCCAAAGUUAAUCGAAAUAAUAAAAAUUGGAUUCCUGAACCAAUUGGAACUAUUGAUUAUUGUUAUGUCAAACCACAACAUAUUCCAGCAAUGAACAGUCUUUGUAAACAAUAUUUUUGGGCUGGUGUUGAUUUAACAGAGUGUUUGCAGUAUCCAGAAACUACCUGUGUCGUUUUGUACAAAAAAUUAGUCAUUGGAUUUGCAGUUAUGAUUCCAGAUAUUGAUUACAACACUGCAUACAUAUCUUUUGUUUUUACUCGUCCAGAAUGGCGACGAGCUGGUAUUGGAAAUUUUAUGAUGUAUCAUUUAACACAAACAUACAUGAAAAAAGACUUGACACUACAUGUGUCUGUUACAAAUCCAGCAUUAUUACUUUAUCAAAAAUUUGGUUUUAAAGUUGAAGAAUUUAUUCAAAAUUUUUAUGAUAAAUAUAUGACACCUGGACCAAAUGAAUCAUGUCAUGCAUUUUUUUUAAGAUUAAGUCAAUAAACGUUAAAAUAAUGAACCAAAUGAAAUAACUCAAUUCGACUUUGUUAUGGUUUUUAUUAUUUGUUUAUUAUUUUUAAAAGACUCUUAAGCUAGUGACUGAUCAAGCCACUAAACGCUUGAAACUCAGGCAGUCAUAGGGUUUUUUUUUUGAGGCCCUGGGAAUAGUAUUCAGGGAAGGGCAUGAAAAAAUAGAAACUACCUAGAUAUUGAACAGCAUUAUGAAGCAUCUAAAGAACUAAAAAAUAUUCUGCAAAUUAAAAGUCAUUAUCUCGUGUACAUAAAGCUGAAAUAAAAUUAUUAUUUUUUUAUUUUUUUUUUUAAAACAGAAUAUCUUUAAAUAAAACAAAAUGGUUAAAUGUAUAAAUUGUGUUUUUAUUGCUUUUACAAAUAAUCGUAUAAGUAUGCAAACAAGUAGAUAGAUAAUAAGUUUUUUUUUUUUUUUUUGUAUAUAUUGAAAUAGUAAAAAUGUAUUAUAUAUGACAAUGUACAAAAUGAUACAAUUUUUUAUGAUGAACAAAAGUAAAUGAAGGAAUCUUCCAAACUUCUUUUACUGGAGUACUGAUACAAUUAUUAAGUAAAAAUAUAUCGUGAAUAUUAGUAUUUUUGAAUGCAUCAUUUUCAAUAA